CAUAUUCCUCCUGCGAGCUGACGCUGGACUCUCUUGCCUGUCGGUCACUCCCGUAUGUUUGUCUGUCCUUCUUCUACUUCGCCUCAUCUUCUCCUUCUUUUGACAUCACCGCACUGUCUACUUCCAAGCACCGGCGUGCACAUAGCCUGGGACUGAUUGCUGACAGUCGCCCCUCCAGUCCGUAUCUAACUCGAGAGAAUAUUCCCCAUGGAUUCUACCCAACCCAGGCCCAAUACAGUCAAUCCUCGACUCACCCUGUCUGCGCGUCAAGAGGAAUUACUGUUUGCAGCUCUCAAUUCCAAUAACAAAAUCUCAAAUCUUGAUACCUCUAGCCUUCAAUCAAAGGACCAAUUCGCAAUGGCUCCCGGUUCUUUCACCGAGUCGCCACUGCAGGCGGCUCCCGGCUCUGGCACCUUGAACGGCUUUGAGGAAAGCCCUUUCAUCGACUACGACUACGAAUUCGACGGCGACGGUAGCUUCGACUAUGGUGAUUUUACCAACGAGUCUCAAGCCCAAAUGAUCGGUAACUUGCCUGGUACCUCUUCAGAUGGAGGUGACAACGAAGCCCAUGAUAAACGAAGCCAUCCAGACGACGAUGGCGACGAGGAGGAAGGUGGCGGAAAGAGAAGAGAAGGCGAUGAGAAGGCCGCAAAGAAGCCAGGACGCAAGCCCUUGACAUCCGAACCUACUUCAAAGCGCAAGGCUCAGAAUCGUGCCGCUCAGCGGGCUUUCCGGGAACGCAAGGAAAAGCAUCUAAAGGACCUGGAAACCAAAGUCGAGGAUUUAGAGAAGGCGUCCGAGUCUGCCAAUCACGAAAACAGCAUCCUUCGGGCUCAAAUAGAGAAGAUGUCGAUGGAGUUGCGGGAGUACCGUAAGAGACUUUCGCUCAACGGAGGCGCUGCACGCACUUCCCUGGCCAAUGGCCUUCCACCGUACCUCGCAAACAACUUUGGCAAUGGAGGACUCAAUAACCCCAGUGAUGUCAAUUUCCACUUCGAGUUCCCAAGAUUUGGUCGCCUCCCUGGGCCACCAGCCACAACCACCACCAAUCCUACGAGGAGCUCAAGCUCACCAUCUGUUGCAAGUAAGCAAGCUGUUAGCCCGGUCGAGAAAGGACAGAUCAGUCCCCGCAAUCAUUCAUUGCAGUAUCCUGCGAGUAACGGUCCUAAUAAUGCUCUAACUCAAGCCCCAGCUCAACUUGAUGGUGGAGACAUGUCAAGUCUUUCCGGCCUCUUCAGUCCUUCCCUUCUUGAGAGUGUUGGAAAGAGUCCACCAUUUGAGUACUUCGCGAACACUACCAAUGGCUCAAACGGAUCCAGAUCAAGCACAGAUUCUGCUAAUGGCAACAUGAGUACUGGCCAUAAUACAUCCUACAGCUCUCCUUCAGCGUCGUCAAACUCAAAUCAUGGGCCAAGUUCGUCCUGCGGUACCUCUCCGGAACCUACUAUGCAAUCUCCGGGUUAUAACAAGCCUUUGGACAGUACACUGACUACAAUUGGCGAGGAACACCCUGCAACAACUGUAACUGGCGAAGGUGAGCUCACCUUCUGCGAUAAGCUUAACAUGGCUUGUGGCAAUCCCAACAACCCCAUUCCACGUACAAUGUCUGAGCCUGGUGCCAAUUCAGCAGGAAACUUUGAGACCCCCGCCAUUGACAUCAACGGAAUUGAUUGGUUCGCCCAACAAAACAACAACCAGUUCGACCCGCAACUUUUCGGUGAUUAUCGAGAGCCACAAGAGAACAUUCUUGCAAAUGAGCCAUUUGGAGACUCCUUCUUCACCGAUGCCUUCACUUUGGGAGAUUUCACCAGUCCCUUCAAUAUGGCACCCAGCCCUGCUGCACCUAAGAAGGACUUGGUUGCUCAAAUCGACGAGAAACAGAAUGAGGAAGACGAGGUCGUGCCAGGGGAAGACACUACGCAAAUGCUAAGCUGUAACACAAUAUGGGAUCGCUUGCAAGCAUGCCCCAAGGUCAAGGAAGGUGAAUUCGAUCUCGAUCUUCUUUGCAAGGACCUCCAAAAGAAGGCCAAGUGCUCAGAGACCGGCGCCGUGGUCAAUGAAUCCGACUUCAACAAGAUCAUGAAGUCGUACGUUGACGGCCCUGCGAAGAAGGCCUCAACUUAAGAGGAGCGUCCAAUUGAUACCAACAGACAGCAAGCAUUUUAUGGAAUUGGAGGCGUUGUUACAGGCACAAAAGGCCGUCUUCAUAAUGAGAGCCACAGAUAUAUGGAAAUGGUCACAACUGGCGUCAGGGGUUACACGUCAAAUCCCUCUUUACGAAUUGGCUUGCUUUUGGGGCACACAGGUUUUACGUGUCUCUAUGGGAGGAGAGUGUUCUUUCGCUCCAUGGUGGUGAGUCGGUAUGGACUUUUGAUGAAUUAUCAUGUCUUGGAGUUCUGCGUUUUGUUUGGCUUGGCUUAACGUGACUUGGUAGUUGCUUGCCCCGUUUUUCAUCGCAAUGCUACAAUAUAAUAAAACACUUCUGCAAUAAACAUUCUCCUCUAUUCGAAGUC